AUGGAAAGACAAGCGAACCCCGCCCGGCGACGCAAGCGAGGCCAUUCAACAUCAUCGCCCUCGCCUUCGGCCUCACCCUCGGCGUCGCCCUCUGGUGGCUCGGUUGCUCUGGCAUGCCUGAGAUGCAGAUCGAAAAAGAAAAAGUGUAACGGCAAUGCACCGACUUGCCGAACGUGCAAGAAGCUCCAUGUCCCGUGUAUGUGGCCGCCGGGAGACCAACGAAAAUUCCCUUCGUCCAAAAGCCACAUCAAGGAACUCUAUGACCGUAUCGAAGCUCUCCAGAAUGCGCUUGCAGCGGCGCAAUCGCUAGUCGCUGCUUCACGAACAGAGACCUCAGACAGUCAAGCGUUGACUGCUCCAACACCCACUGACGCUGUCUCGACGAACGCGAAGCCUCCUCCAGACGCAGAAAGCAGCAGCGCCACCGAGGACAGUCUCAUUUCUCGUCUGUGCGGCCGACAGUGGAAACUCAACAGCGACAGAGGAGGACAGUACCGCUUUUUCGGACCUACAUCUAGUCUACACCUGACCGAGAGCGUGUCUUCAUCCUUGGUGGAUAAUUCCUACAGUGCGCCCUUUGGCGGUGAUGAUCCUAGGCUUCAAGAACUGGUCGACCGGGAGACCCAGGACUAUCUUCUCAAUCUCUACUGGAAGUAUCAAGACAAUGUCUUACGCGUCUUCCACAAAGGAGCAUUCUUGCACGACCUGGAGAGGCGGCGGACCCGAUACGUGAGCAAGGCCCUUCUCACCUGCAUCUUUGCCAGCGCCGCUCGCAUUUCCGACCGUCCGGCUAUUCGAGCUCUGGCGCUGUCCACGCAGGACGACAGUAUGGACGAGAAGCAACCACCUCUCCUUGCCCUCGCUACGCGAUAUCUCGAUGACGAGUUGAUGCACCCUCAACUCACGACCAUACAAUCACUCUUACUCCUGUCCACGAGCUACUGUGCCCUCAGUUUGGACACUAAAGGAUGGUUGAUAACAGGUAACGCGUGUAGGCUAGCGAUCGAACUAGGACUACACUUUGGCACAAACAAGUUGAGUUCCCCGUCCUUGACGGAUUUGGAUAUCGAAGCUCGCCAGAACACCUUCUGGGCGUGCAUCGUCUUUGAUCGACUCUGGUCUGUAUAUCUUGGUCGACCUUGUUGUUUUCCCUUGAAGGACUUGGGUGUCCGCGACCCUGCAUACUCUCGAAUGGAGCGAUCGUGGGAGACGGACAUGGCUUACGCGUGGGCUACUCUUUUGGAGAUCCUGGGCCAUAUCAGCGAUACAAUAAACGGGGAACGAUGUACGCUAGAAACGCUCUCGGAACUCGACGAGUGGCUUCGAUUCUGGUCCACCCAUCUCCAGCCGUCGAUUCACUAUCAUCGCGAGACGCAACAACCUGCAAUCACCGUCCUUCACAUGAAAUACUGUGCAGUUGUGAUUCUGCUGCAUCGCCACAUGGCCGGAUUCCCUGCCGGCUCGAAACAAGGCCAUUUUCGGGCAUCAUGCAUCCACCACGCGAUCGAGAUGACACAAAUCCUCCAAGACUACCGCCGCACCCACGGUGACGCGAGGACUCUGAGCGGGAUUGCGAUUUUCAGCAUUGCCACCGCGGCGACAACCUUCAUUGCGGAAAUCGCAGAACGACGAUCCUCACCGGCAGAGGCGUGGCAUCAAUUGAACUGUCUCAAGGCCUGUGUCAAGACGCUGGAAGAGCUCCAAAUCUCCUACCCGGUCGCUCGCAAGGUCCGGCAGACCAUUCAGCUGAUCAUGAGGCUGUGUCGGAUAGGGACCAGCUGUCUGUUCCCUGGUCACGCAACGCCGACGGAAGAUUCCUGGCAAGGUCCAAGCGGGGCCCGGCGUGGUUGGGAUGUUAACAUUAACGUCGAUUUCAACGUCAACGUCAACGUCAACGUCAACGACAAUGGGUCCAUAGGACCUGCUCUGCUCGGGGCGACAGAAUCCCAAAGCGACCCUCCCCUGAUGGCCGCCGACGACGACGAACAAGCGCAGGUCUUUUCUUCGGGCGACAAUGGCGAGUUCGCCGCAAGCUACAGCCCUUUUGCGUAUGACGAGUACCUUCCGGCAUCGGCUCAGUUUGACAUUUUGUACGGCUUCGGAGCGUCAUUGUUCUCAUAG